AUGGCCGAGACACUGCCAACUCCAAGGGCAACGCCGGAGGUGGAAGAAAAGAUGCCCAUCGACAUUGCUGGGAACCAUCUGGAAGCCGCGCUCGAUGAGCUGCUGAAACGCUACCUUCUGCUCCUCGACCAAUACACCCAGGCUCGCCAGCAGCUCUCAUCUGACCUCUCCUCCGGCUAUAUCUCUCUCGCACAAGCAAACUUCAACCCUUCGAGCCGCGUCCGCUAUGGUCAGGACUUCUACGAUGAGCGUAUGCAGGCUCUGCGGCGGGUAACCAUAGGAGAGACAGAGUCGAAACUACAUAGAUCCAUCCGCCUGCUCGAGCCUCCCGAAGAACCCACCAGCGAUGAGACAAAAACGAAGACUGCUGAUGCUACGGACAACAAAAAAGAGGGCACGGAUAAGAAUUCCACGGAAGAAGCUCCCGUCUCAGUUGCCGAGCUUAGCCUUGAUCCCGAUGCGAAAAAUACAGCCGAAUCCCCGGAAGCACAACCUGGAGAAGCCAGGGAACCGCCCGGUAGCAAUGUGGAUGGCAACGGGAACAAGAGAGACGAUUCUGAUAAAAUAAAAGAGAAGGAAAAGGCCAGCAAGAAACCUCGGACAGACGAUCCAAUCCGCUGGUUCGGCAUCUUCGUGCCACCUGCUUUACGCAGCGCCCAGGGUAGUUUCAUACGUGCGGUGGAGGGCCCGGUGCCGAGGCUUUUGGACCUAGCAGCGGAGAUGAGGGAGCUAGAGAUCGAGAUCGGGCGGGCGAGGAAGGCAAUUAGGAAGAGCGCGAAUUAA